AUGGGCCUCAGUCCCAACCCCGGGCCUCAGUUCCAGCCCAGGGACUCAGCUCCAACACCUCCAACCCCGGGACUCAGCUCCAACCCUGGGCCUCAGUUCCCACAGUUCCAACCCUGGGCCUCAGCUCCAACCCUGGGCCUCAGCUCCAACCCUGGGCCUCAGUUCCAACCCUGGGCCUCAGUUCAAGCCCAGGGACUCAGCUCCAGCCCAGGGACUCAGCUCCAACCCCAAGACUCAGCUCCAGCCCCAGGACUCAGCUCCGGCCAAGGACACAGCUCCAACCCAGGGACUCAGCUGCAACAGUUCCAACCCCGGGACUCAGCUCCAACCGCUCCAACCCCGGGACUCAGCUCCAACCCCAGGACUCAGCUCCAACCCCAGGACUCAGCUCCAACAGUUCCAACCCUGGGACUCAGCUCCAACCCAGGACUCAGCUCCAGCCAAGGACUCAGCUCCAACCAAGGGACUGGGCCUAACCCUGGUCCUAAGCUCAAACCCUGGUUCUCAGCUCCAACUCUGGGCCUCAGCUCCAACCCUGGGCCUCAGUUCCAACCCUGGGCCUCAGCUCCAACCCCGGGCCUCAGUCCCAACCCCAGUUCUCAGUUCCAACAGUCCCAACCCCAGUUCUCAGUUCCAAAAGUCCCAAACCCGGGCCUCAGUUCCAACCCUGGGCCUCAUAUCAAACCCCGGGACUCACUCCAACCCCGGGACUCAGCUCCAAGCCCGGGACUCAGCUACAACCCCGGGACUCAGUUCCCACAGUUCCAACCCUGGGCCUCAGCUCCAACCCUGGGCCUCAGCUCCAACCCCGGGCCUCAGUCCCAACCCCAGUUCUCAGUUCCAAAAGUCCUAAACCCGGGCCUCAGUUCCAACCCUGGGCCUCAUAUUCAACCCCUGGACUCAGUUCCAAACCCGAGCCUCAAUUCUAACCUUGGACCUCAGUUCCCACAGUUCCAACCCUGGGCCUCAGUUCCAAUCCCGGUCCCAGUUUCAACCCUGGGCCUCAGUCCCAACUCCGGGCCUCAGUUCCAACUCUGGGCCUCAGCUCCAACCCCGGGCCUCAGUUCCCACAGUUCCAACCGUGUGCUUCAGUUUCAACCCUGUGCUUCAGUUCCAACCCUGUGCCUCAGUUCCAACCCUGAGCCUCAGUUCCAAACCCAGGACCUCAGUCCCAACCCCGGGCCUCAGUUCCAACUCUGGGCCUCAGCUCCAUCUCUGGGCCUCAGUUCCCACAGUUCCAACCCUGUGCUUCAGUUCCAACCAUGUGCUUCAGUUUCAACCCUGUGCCUCAGUUCAGACCCUGUGCCUCAGUUCCAACCCUGUGCCUCAGUUCCAACCCUGUGCGUCAGAUCCAACCCUGUGCUUCAGUUUCAACCUUGUGCCUCAGUUCCAACCCUGUGCCUCAGUUCCAACCCUGUGCCUCAGUUCCAAACCCGGGACUCAGCUCCAAACCCGGGACUCAGCUACAACCCCGGGCCUCAGUUCCCACAGUUCCAACCCCGGGCCUCAGUUCCCACAGUUCCAACCCUGGGCCUCAGCUCCAACCCCGGGUCUCAGUCCCAACCCCAGUUCUCAGUUCCAAAAGUCCCAAACCCGGACCUGAGUCCCAACCCUGGGCCUCAGUUCCAAAAGUCCCAAACCCGGACCUCAGUCCCAACCCCGGGCCUCAGUUCCAACUCUGGGCCUCAGCUCCGUCCCUGGCCCUCAGUUCCAACAGUUCCAACCCUGGGCCUCAGUUCCAACCCUGUGCCUCAGUUCCAAAAGUCCCAAACCCUUCCAAACCCGGGACUCAGCUACAACCCAGGGCCUCAGUUCCCACAGUUCCAACCCCGGGCCUCAGUUCCCACAGUUCCAACCCUGGGCCUCAGCUCCAACCCUGGGCCUCAGCUCCAACCCUGGGCCUCAGUUACAACCCCAGUUCUCAGUUCCAACAGUUCCAACCCCAAUUCUCAGUUCCAAAAGUCCCAAACCCGGGCCUCAGUUACAACCCUGGUUCUCAUUUCCCACCCCGGGACUCUGUUCCAAACCCGAGCCUCAAUUCCAACCCUGGGCCUCAGUUCCAACCCUGGGCCUCAGUUCCAACCCUGGGCCUCAGUUCCAACCCUGGGCCUCAGUUCCAAACCCGGGACUCAGCUCCAAACCCGGAACUCAGCUCCAACCCUGGACCUCAGUUCCACAGUUCCAACACCUGUGCUUCAGUUCCAACCAUGUGCUUCAGUUUCAACCCUGUGCUUCAGUUUCAACCCUGUGCCUCAGUUCCAACCCUGGGCCUCAGUUCCAAACCCAGGACCUCAGUCCCAACUCCGGGCCUCAGUUCCAACUCUGGGCCUCAGCUCCAUCCCUGGGCCUCAGUUCCCACAGUUCCAACCCUGUGCUUCAGUUCCCGCCAUGUGCUUCAGUUUCAACCCUGUGCCUCAGUUCCAACCCCGGGCCUCAGUUCCAACCCUGUGCCACAGUUCCAACCCUCUGCCUCAGUUCCAACCCUCUGCCUCAGUUCCAACCCUGUGCCUCAGUUUCAACCCCGUGCCUCAGUUCCAACCCUGUGCCUCAGUUCCAACCCUGUGCCUCAGUUCCAACCCUGUUCAGUUCCAACCCCACGGCCUCAGUUCCCACAGUUCCAACCCUGGAACUCAACUCCAAACCCUGGGCCAGUCAGCUCCAACCCUGGGCCUCAGUUACAACCCCAGUUCUCAGUUCCAACAGUUCCAACCCCAGUUCUCAGUUCCAAAAGUCCCAAACCCGGGCCUCAGUUCCAACCCUGGUUCUCAUUUCUAA